AUGAUUUUGACACCUCGCGUAGAAUCUUUGCGGUUUUGCCGUAUAGUCAAAUCUUCUCAUUGUUCUUAUCUUUUGUUUGAGGAGACGUUGGAGAAAGACGACAAAGCUGAGAAGCUAAAACAGCUGGCAGAGGGUGGUGCUCAUGUUGUGAUGGCGGUUAGGAACAUAAAGGCAGCUCAGGAGCUGAUUCAGCAGUGGCGGAACGAGUGGUCUGGUAAAGGUCUCCCUCUUACUAUCGAGGCAAUGGAACUUGAUCUUCUUUCACUGGAUUCGGUUGUGAGAUUCGCUGAUGCUUGGAACGCUCGGUUAGGACCUUUGCAUGUUCUGAUUAACAAUGCUGGCAUAUUUGCUAUGGGAGAGGCGCAAAAAUUCUCAGAGGAUGGAUAUGAGCAGAUCAUGCAAGUGAGUCAUUUAGCUCCAUCGCUGCUUUCAGUACUCCUUUUGCCUUCUCUGAUCCGAGAUUCUCCAAGCCGAAUCACCAAUGUAAAUUCCGUGGUAAGUUCUGUGAUCACUGACUCUACAGGCUCUAAGUCUGUGUCCUCUAGUUUUCUAUGAUCGUAGGGUAACGAUGUUGAAAAAGUGUAAUUUGUUUGUAUAUUUUGUAACUUGAAAAGCUCUGGUCGUGUCAAUUGGUUGCAGAAUAUACAGAGGAAUAGUAUAGGUUCUCUCUAAAUCGCUGAAAUACAUAUGCAUGUUAUUUAUAUGAACAUUGUGUUGGUAUAAAGAAACGAAAUAUACCGC